AUGGACAGGACGGCUCGGGAGGACGGGCUGGAGUAUAGACAACCAAACCAGAGUAGACCAAGCCCCACCAAACCAGACCAAGCCACACCAAACCAGACCAAGCCACACCAAACCAGACCAAAUCAGAGUAGACCAAGCCCCACCAAACCAGACCAAACCAGAACCAAACCAGACGAAACCAGACCAAACCACAGUAGACCAAGCCACACCAAACCAGACCAAACCACAGUAGACCAAGCCACACCAAGCUACACCAAGCUACACCAAGUCACACCAAGCCAUACCAAGUCACACCAAGUCACACCAAGCUACACCAAGUCACACCAAGCCAUACCAAGCCACACCAAACCAUACCAAGCCAUACCAAGUCACACCAAGCCACACCAAGUCACACCAAACCAUACUAAGCCAUACCAAGUCACACCAAGUCACACCAAGCCACACCAAGUCACACCAACCCACACCAAGUCAUACCAAGUCACACCAAGACACACCAAGACAUACUAA